UGCGGGCGGCUGGCUGGGCGCUCGGUUUGCAGGGUGGUGGGAGCCGGCGGCAGUGCAUGGGAGCGCGCGCGGGCUUCAGACCUUUCCCAGAGGGCUGCGGUUCUUCGGCGCCGUCUUAAGUUCCGCGCCUGCCGGGGAGCCGCGGGGAGGCCAUGGCCGCCGUCGGCUUCAAGGCUGCGGGCAGCGGCUUGUGGAAGGGUAACGGGGCUGGCUUGCAGCUGGCCGCCGCCGUGUUCUGCCAGAGCUGCAGCUCCGCCGCCAGCAGCGGCCCCGGCGAGGGCAGGCGGGCGGGCUGGGGCCAGCAAAGGGCUCAGCACCAGUCUGCGGGGCAGUCCCCACCCCAGUCAGUCCCCGGCAGAGCCCGGAGAGCCGCGGAGCCCAGCCCGGCCGCAGCCAGUCCCCUGAGCAGCCAGCCCAGCCCUGCCGAGGGCGCCGACACGAAGUCCUACCUAUGGGCCAGAUACCACGAGAUGAAAAAACUGGUGUAUGAUCUUCUUCCACCGGGAGUCUGCAAUCUCCUUAACCCUGCAGCUAUCUACGCAAAUAAUGAGAUCAGCUUGAGAGAUGUUGAGAUCUAUGGCUUUGAUUAUGAUUAUACAUUAGCACAGUACUCUAAUUUAUUACACUCUAUGAUAUUCAACACUGCCAGAGACAUAUUAAUUGAACAGUACAAGUAUCCAGAAGGGCUCAAGAAAUAUGAUUACCUUCCAGGAUUUGCCAUCAGAGGGCUUCACUAUGAUGUGCAAAAGAGUCUUCUGAUGAAGAUUGAUGCUUUCCAUUAUGUCCAGCUGGGGACUGCAUAUAGAGGGCUAAAGCCAGUGCCUGAUGAAGAGGUUAUUGAAUUGUAUGGUGGUACGCAGCACAUCCCGCUGUACCAGAUGAGUGACUUCUAUGGCAAGGGUCCUUCAAUUAAACAAUUCAUGGACAUCUUCUCCCUUCCUGAAAUGACCCUGCUCUCCUCUGUCAUUGACUAUUUCAUAAAUCAUGGCAUUGAGUUUGACCAGGUUCAUCUUUACAAGGACAUAUCUGAUGCCAUUAAAGACGUGCACGUGAAAGGAAUGAUGUACAAAUGGAUUGAGAAGGACAUGGAGAAAUACAUUCUUCAUGGGGAUGAAACUUAUGCUGUCCUAAACAGACUGGUUAACCUCAACAAGAAACUCUUCCUUAUUACAAACAGCCCCUUCAGCUUUGUAGAUAAAGGAAUGAAACACAUGGUUGGCAAGAAUUGGCGGGACCUCUUUGACAUGGUCAUUGUGCAAGCUGAUAAACCCACCUUUUUCACUGACAGACGCAAACCUUUUAGAAAAUUGGAUGACAAAGGCUCACUCCAAUGGGACAAAAUAAACAAACUAGAAAAGGGAAAGAUCUACAAACAGGGAAAUUUGUUUGAUUUUCUAAGGCUAACAGGUUGGCGUGGGUCCAAAGUACUUUAUUUUGGUGACCAUCUGUACAGCGAUCUUGCAGACUUGAUGCUGCGUCAUGGCUGGAGGACUGGAGCCAUUGUACCAGAACUGGAACCUGAAAUCCGGAUCAUUAAUACAGAGCAGUACAUGCACUCGCUGACCUGGCAACAGGCACUCACAGGGCUGCUGGAGAGAAUGCAGAUGUAUCAAGAUGCAGAAUCAAAGCAGGUGCUGCUGGAAUGGAUGCAAGAGCGUCAGGAAAUUAGGUCCCUUACGAAGAACCUAUUCAAUCCUCAAUUUGGGAGCAUCUUCCGAACCUUCCACAACCCAACUUACUUCUCUCGGAGAUUGAUCCGGUUCUCUGAUAUCUACAUGGCAUCCAUCAGCUGCCUGCUGAACUAUGAUGUGAACUUCACCUUUUUCCCCCGGCGCACCCCUCUGCAGCACGAGGCGCCCCUCUGGAUGGAUCAGCUCUGCACGGGUUGUAUGAAGACCCCCUUCCUGGAGGAGAUGGUGCACAUCCGAUGAAGGGAAAGUGUAUUUGGGACAUGCCUUUACUCAGCACUAUUACAGUUUCAAGGCACGCAGCAAUAGGCCGAAUGAGAGGAGAUUAGCUCUUUUUUUUUUUUUGUUGGCUGGGGGACACAAAGAGUGCAUUUUUCAGACUGAUGCUAUUUGUUGGAUUACUUAACAUGGGCCUAAGUUUUUGUACUGGUGCCACUUGUUUGCUUCAUACUGUUCUCAAUGUUUUAUAGUCCAGUCAUAGCAAUGGCUAUGCAAUACAUCUAAAAAUGUACAAGUACCACACUCUCUCAUGUCUUUGAACUGGCCAUUAGCUGGUCCUCCUGUCCCUUAAAACAGCAGGUAGAAGGUGAGGAGGGCUGCUCUGCCAUGCAGUUGGAGGCACACCUGCACCAGGUAGGCAGAAAGGUUGCCUGUUCCAGCAAUGAUCAAGGAGAAGAGGAGGGAUCUGUAGGAGCAGAGGACAGACCUUUGCCAGGAAGUGAAACACUCAGGUAUAGUUCUGUGCAGGGAGGAGGGAGUAGUUGGUAACUAACACACAUCAGAAAGUUCUUCUGACCUCAGAUCAUGUGUAUAUAUACAUCGCCUAUUAUACUACAGGAUAACUGACUCAGUAUGCAGAGCCAUUCACACCAAAUUCAUCCCUGUGUUGUAUAUCAAUACAGUAGGUACAUUUUAAUACCUAGCAGCCUCCACCCCAAGAUCUCAAAGUACUUUAAUUUAGCUUCAACCUACUUGUGCCGUAGUUAAGUAUUAUCUCCAUUUUACCAGUGGGGAAACUGAGGCACAGCAAGUUUACAUUACUUGCACAAGCCUCAGCUGUAGCCUUGUGCCCAAAUGACCAAAUAAUUCUUGCUUUGCCCUACUGGGAUUUCCUGCCAUGGUACGCCAUACAGAAUGCAUCAGAUUGGCUAUACGAAGACACACACUAACACAAAGGUCCAUUGAUAAAAUUCUACAGGCUAGCGACUUCUAAGGCAAGCGCCCUACCCCUACCAAGCUCUCUCCCUGCUUUCCACAUCACAGCUACCCCAAAGAGUGGGAUCCCAAGCUUGAGUGGCCUCCGUCUGGUUCUGCACUGCAGCAGUGCAGCGUACGGCCAGGCUGCACUCUAUUUAGUGAGACACACACUGCAACACCGGAGGGCCUGGGUGAGCGCCCUGAACGGGACUCGUCCUGUUCUUAAACCUGCCCUUUAAACUCGCAACGGAAUUGAACAAGCAACUUGCCUGAUUCAGGUGCACAGGCUGCUGAGGUAUCCUCAGUGGUCCCUCGAUGGCAUGAAUGAUUCCAUUGAAAGUCAGAAUGUCCCACUGUACUAUCAGGGUGUUGUUAACCAGUUUGGAACCCUGUUACAAGAAGCAGCAGCAAUAUUGAGGGACUCAAUGUGAAUAGAUUUUAGAAAAAGCCUUUUUGGACAGGAAAUGCUACCCAUUACCGAGACACAAGAGAAGCUGGAUGAGUACUGAACUGGCCCAACAUACUUACAGGGGGCUGCGUGCUAUUCAGCAGGGGAGCAUCUGCAAUGAGAAGGUUGUAGCCGGAGCAGGAAGGUAUAACGGUACCAUUGGUGAAAUUGGAGCUCAAGAGGAGAACAUCACUCAGGGAGACGUGGAGCUUCAGCUCCUCCCAUGUUAAUUUCUGAGAAAACAAAGUUUAGAAAUGAGGGUGAAGCAGAGUCAAAAGCAGGGGGAAAAUAAGUCAGGCAUUUGCUGCUCUUUCAACAUUUCAGUUGUGCACUGUCCAAUGAGUCAAUGGUGAAAGACUUCUUGGAGUGCAGUGUAGACAAGGCGCCAGACUAGUUCUUGCAUUCCAAGCAAAAGAGAGCCAGAACAAACCCACUUAGCCAUGCUGGAGCAUGUUUCCCUAAUCCUCCAAGGAAGCAACAGCACUGUAUUCAAAUGGCUAUAGAUUCUGUGUGGCCAGUCAUGAGAAUCCCAUAUUCUCACCAUAUUGACCCCAAAGCCAGAAUUCAAGGGUACAAAGAGAGUUUUAUAUGUGGUGUCAUUGGAGAGGAAGUUGAGGAACUCAAGUCCAUCUUGCGUGGCGUUGGUGUAAUCCAGUAAUAUCUGGAAGAGAGAGAGAGAGAAUCCUAAGUGCCAGCCUGAAGCUGUGGGUUUGUCAGAACAUUCUGGCCAGCAGAACCCAGGAGAUGUCACAUGAAUUCUCCCCACCUUUGCUAGAAUAGCAGAGACAUUAACUGGCAAUGAGAGGUAGCAGCUUGACUCUCCCACAGGGCAUGGCACUUCAGAGAGCACACACUCUUGUCUUCCAUUUCAGUGAUUUUCCUUUCCGAACCUUUGCGAUCUGGGGAUUCCCUAUUAGUCACUUUUUUGCUUUACUAAGGAGCAUGUCCCUGCCCACUUCCCCGGCUAGAGGGAAUGUGGCACCAACACUUACAGAAUAGAAAGUUGAAAAGUUGGAGUGCUCAGCCAGCACAGCCAGGAGAUUUCCACUGCAGGAGUAGCCAUCUCCAAUGAACCCAUCUCUACAAUUACACCUCACAUCUGCAAAGGGGAGAAAGAUGUGAGCGGGACAGGAUUGGGUGUGAGCUCUUCAGACAACAAAUACACUGAACUAUUGCUUAGGAUUUCUGUCCAUGCAGAAGGCAGCUGGUCCAGUAGAUAGAGCUCUGGACUAGGAGUCCAAACCCUGGCUUCUUUGCACCACUGCGUAACCUUGGGCAGCUCACUUAACCCAGUACCUUAGUUUCUCUAUCUGUAACAGGGAGGCUCAAAACACUUACUUGCCUUUGUAAGGCACUUUGAGAUCUCUGGUGCUUUAUGUUAUUAAA